AUAUCAUUCAUUAUCAACCGCAUUCCGAAUUAUGUAUUUUUCGAAAAAAAUUAAUGAAUUAUUGCAAGUUAUGCCGAAAAUUUUUGAUAUUUUAAAAGUAUAGCAUCAUAUUUUCAUUAAUGCAUUGAAUCACCUAUCCAAUUCCCUUUGUAUUUUCAAUUAAAAUGGCUGAAAUCGUAAAUCGCAGCAACGAAGAAAUUUUACCUCAAUUUGAGGAAAUCAUCAAACUGAAGUUGUUCUCGGCUUCUGAAAUGAGAGAUAUUAUUCAAAAACAUGUGCAAUUCGAAUACAAGAGCGUACGACGAGAAAAAAGCGUGACGGAUUAUCAACAGUAUAUUAGCUAUAAGUCGGAUUUCUUGAAACUAGUGCGGAUUAGAAUGAAGCUGAAAAAUGUAAGCAGAAAGGAAAGAAGAAAAGUGGAGCAUAUGCUGGUUAGGCAUAUCAGUAAAUUGUAUAAUAAUAUGGUGAAAUAUUACUCAACCGACGUAUCAUUAUGGCUUAAUUAUAUCGAAUUCAUGACCAAAGAGCGAGAUUACGCCAAAGUAGUUGUACUGUACGAUACCCUGUUGAAUUUUCAUUCGAGUGACGUUGACAUAUUCAUAAGUGCGGCCAAAUUUAUGAUGAGAUACAUUAGAGAUGUUGAUUUAGCUCGAAAAACCUUAUUUAAAGGCAUCCGUGUACACAAGCGAAAUAAAAAAUUAUACCUAGAACUAUUCAAAGUAGAAUUGGAUUUUGCUGCUCGCAAACGAAAAGAGGCAAAAGAUGAUACCGAGAAACUGAAUAAUGAUCCUGUUCUUUGUGGUAAAACCGCUGAAGUGGUGUGUUUAUCGGCUCUUCAAGUAAUAACCGACUUAGACUUCAAGUUCUCCGUUUUAGACACCUGUACAAAGUACAAAUUCACUCGAGCUUUGCAGAAAAAAAUUUAUAAAAUAUUAAAAACAGAUCACAACAAAGAUCCCGAAAUGUGGAAAAAAAUUGCUUUGUGGCAAUUAGAAGGUAUCAAUUUUGAAAACAUCGAUAUGACAGGACUUAAAUCCAAAGAUCUUUUUAAGCAACGUGUUUGGCGGUGUUUCCACAUAUUUUUAAAAGCGGUGAAAGCAGUUCCGACGGAAGAAAUGUGGUUCCAUUAUAUUGACGCGUUUUUUGAAUUACUGAAAACGAAUCCGGAUAAAUACGAAUUUAUUAAUAAAUUUCUACUCAAGCUACUUCCUCAUAGUAAUGUGCAAAAUUUAUUGAAAGAAAAUCAUUACUUGUGCUGGAUUGAAAAUGCUGAGAAAGAUCAACCGCUUGAAAACUUGAUGGGAUUUAUCGAUGGUUCGUUGAAAUUAUAUCCGCAUAGUGUGAAAUUAUGGCUGAAAAAAUUACAACACUGUGGUAGUCAACAAAACACCGAAGAAUUAAUGCGGACUUUCAAAUUAGCUCACGAUAAUCUGAAAGAUGAACAAUCGCAAUAUUUACUAUGGCAAUAUGCGCUGCAGUCUUCAUCAAAUUUCCCCCUAAAUGAGAUUACCGAAUUUUUCGAAAACAUGAUGAAACAGUCGCCAGUAACAUAUCCAGCUCUGAGACUAUUGUACCUAGAUUGGAUAAUUUCGAAAAAUGAUACUACCUUGGCUCGUAGCGUAUUUUCGAAUGUUUCGCGACUCCCACCGUAUAAUAUUGAGCUGUACAAGAAAAUGAUCCAUUUGGAAAUUUCUCGUCAACCGAUUGAUGUGAAAUAUAUCAGAGAUUUGUACGAAAAAGCGUGCCUUUACUUCGGAUCCACCAAAUCAGAUUUAUGGAUGGAAUACAUCAAAUUUGAGAAACAACAUGGUGAUCCUAGUUCCAUUACGAUGAUUUAUUGGAAAGCUGUGAAGCAGUUAGAACCAUCUCAGUCGGAUAAUUUUAUUGCUGAAUUUAGUUUAUUUAAAAUCGAAUGUUAAUGUUUGUUUUUCUAAAUCAUUUUUUACAUUUUCAAUUUACUAAAUAAUUUCUACGUGAAGUAAAAUCUUUUCAAAAUGUAAAA